AUGUGUGGUGAUGAGACUGAUUUACUAUUAUUAUUACAUCAACGCUUAAUUAAACUUGAUAUUACUGUUCGUGUACUAAUGAAUAGUGUUUCUACUGACAAAGAUUCUGUGGAAACAGUGAAUAAAACAUUUUCUAAUGAUAUGUCUGUUCUAUUCAAUGAACUUUUUAUUCCAGAUGGCAAUAUUGUGACAUUGGAUGAAAACGCCCAAAUACCAAAGAAUAUGAAACAUGCGGUUACUGCACUUUUUCUUCUCAAAGGAUUACAAUAUUUCAAUGUUGAUUCAUUUAGUCAUAAGCCAGACAUUCCAACAGAUGCACUGGUUACACUCUGGGAUGGUUUGUCAACAAUGUACAAGAAAAAAGGUGAAUUUCAACGGGUUUAG